UCAAGGGGGUCUCCCCGGCCCCGCAGACGCGCUGGAGCCAAGGGCUGUAGACAUUUGCCAGACGUGUGAACUCUCCUCCUCGCUGGUAGCUGUUAUCUCUGCUCGAUUCCCACUUUGAUGUGCGUUCGCACUUACAAACGAUCCCUCCCGGGACGGAGCGCCCGUAUAAGAGCGGCCGCGGCCCAGGGUCGCCCAGCCCCUCUCCGCCAUGAAUCGGACCGAGAUCCCUUCGGCAGAGACCAAGCCCCAAGGGGUCAGGCCCCACAUCUGCUGUGCGCCCCCUCCCCGCGCCCCCACCUCUCUGGGCAGUCCCACGCUCCUGGUCAGAGCCAAGCCCCGACGGGGCAGCCCCGGGCCGGGCCGGGCCGCCGACAGCGAGCCCUGCGCGGAGGAGCGGAGCGGAGCGGAUCCCCGGGACAUCACCGACCCCUGCCCGUCGGAGCCAGCCUUCACCUCGGAGCAGGUCUGCCGCCUGGAGAAAACCUUCCAGCGCCACAAGUACCUGGGCGCCACGGAGAGGAGGAAGCUGGCGGCUGCCUUGCAGCUCUCGGAGAUCCAGAUUAAGACCUGGUUUCAGAACCGGAGGAUGAAACUGAAGAGACAGAUACAGGACCACCAGCACAGCCUCGUGUCCCCUGUUCCAGUCCUCAGCUACGGCGCGGGGACCUCACCAGCUCUGUUUCAGGAUGGGCUCCACUACCCCUUUGCUGCCCAGCACCAGAGACUCCUGCCUUUUACCCCGAUGCCUGCUGUGCAGUUCAGCUUCUCCUUUCCCAGAUAUGACGCACCACAAAGCACCUACCACUUUAUGGCAAAUGAACUGCCCUACUACCAUCAACACCUUCUUCCUCAUCCUUCUUUCCAUCCAGUUAUGCAGAACAAAAUGGACAGGCAAUGCCACCCUGUAUAUGCAUUAUAGUGAAAAAAACCGUGUUUUAUGCUCUAAUGCAAUUCAUGCUCAGAAUCUGUUGACCGAUUUGGAAGAAUAUCUUUAUUAUUUAAAGUUAAAUGU